AUGUCAACACAACACUUACAAUACGUUAGCUGGCGCGUGGGCGUGGCACUUUUGCUGCUGCCCAUUGCUGUCAGCGGCUUUGGCAUGAAUCUAAUGAAGUUGCCCGUUGAAGACAAGUCCCAAGCAGCCUGUGUCUUGGCCUUGCUGCAAAAGUAUUUCCACUCGGCUCAAAACUUGUCCGGCGCUGUGCUCUGCUUGAGUGUUACGCCGCAGGCUUUGGAUGUGCAGCAGGCGCUGCUGCGAGAGCUGAAUGGGCAGCCAGCGCAACCUUGGAGCCUGUUAAUCACAACUCCAAGUGCUAAGCAUGCGGAUGCUUGGCGCAUGGCGGAGAAACCGCAAUGUUAUUUUUUAGUAGUGGACAAUCUGGAGAAUGAAGACUUUGAGGAGAUAUUUGCACAGUGGCGCAACAUGUUAAACUGGAAUCCAUUGGCACAGUUUGUGGUCUAUUUGUCAGCUGUGGAGGAGACCGAUGAGGAGAUGACAGACUUGAUGGUGGAGAUACUUUUGACGUUUAUGAACAACAAGCUGCUGAACAUUAAUAUUAUAGGCCAAAGUGAGGAGAAUGGCGCUUACUUUGUCAAGUCUGUGUUUCCCUAUCACGUGGACAACAACUGUGGCAAGCGUGUCAUCAAUGUGGACACCUUAGAUGCGUGCUACUAUGAAACUGCAGUGGAAGCGUACGAAGAGCAGGAGGAGGAGCAAUACGAUGAGGAACUUGACGUGGGUAACGCAAUCGGAGCGUUUAAUAGCGACGAACUGAUGGCCAAUAGCUCCGCACCAACAACCACCAUAGAGGAAUAUGUGCGCGCCAAGUUCAAAGAUAAAAUUCCCAGCGAUUUGAGUGGCUGUCCCAUACGCGCUGCCUUUCGUGGUCCCUGGGAGCCAUAUAUAUUCCCCAGCAGCGAGCAGCCAACUACAGACACAGCGUAUUACGAGCAAGCAGAAGAUGCAGGCGAAGCAAGCAAUUCAAGUGAAACCAAUAUGGAGUAUGACUAUGCAGCUAGCUAUGAUAACAGCGCCGAUAAUGCGGAUACAAAAGAUGGAACGGACAGCGAUCAAACGUUGAGCAAACAGCAGCUAACUGGCAUAGAUUUCCAAUUGCUCCAAACAAUUGCCGAGCGUCUGCAUGUUAGCAUCAAUUUCAAGUCCCAGAGCAGCAAUGUCUUUCAUCUGUUCCAGCAGCUAAUGGAGAAUGAAAUAGACAUCAUAGUUGGCGGCAUUGAUGAGGAUCCGAGCAUAAGUCAGUUCGUCUCCAGCUCCAUACCGUAUCAUCAGGAUGAUUUGACGUGGUGUGUGGCCAAGGCCAAAUAUAAAAACAAUUUCUUCAACUUUCUGGCCAGCUUUCAUGUUAACUCCUGGCUGCUGUUGCUGCUGUUCAUACUCAGCUGCUCGUUGGCCGUGUUGGCAGCUCAACAUGUCUCUGGCGUGCACUUAAAGAAUCUACAAAAUUAUCUAGCCAUUUGCCUACGCAUGCUGGGCAUACUCUUAACUCAAUCUUUAAAUAUUAGCACGAGUAGUUUGCCCAGAACCAUGCGCUUGCUCUUUGGCCUGGCAUUCUUUACGGCUUUUAUCUUUAGCAAUACCUAUCAGAGCUUUUUGAUAAGCACGCUGACAACGCCCACAAGGCAAGCGCAGAUCAGUCAUCUGCAGCAGAUCUACAGCAAUCGGAUGACCAUUAUGGUCAACUCUGCCAAUGUGCGGCAUUUGAAUAAACAAGGCGAGAUCUUCAAGUAUAUACGCGAAAAGUUUCAAAUGUGCUACAACUUUGUGCACUGCCUGAACGAUGCGGCGGACAAUGAAGCUUUGGCUGUGGCCGUAUCACGUCAACAUGCCUUCUAUAAUGCACGCGUGCCUAGGAAUAGAUUAUAUUGCUUUGAUCGUCGCGAAUCCUUGUAUGUCUAUCAGGUUAUAAUGCUGCUGCCCAAGCAGUAUCAUCUGCUGCCCUCCAUCAAUAGCAUUAUACAGCAUGUCAUCGAGUCGGGGCAUUUGCAGAAAUGGGCACGCGAUCUGGACUUGGUGCGCAUGAUACACGAACGCGUUGAGCGCACGGCACAGGAGGCUGCCUUUAGGGCUUUGACGCUCGCUGAGUUCCAGGGCGCUUUUGCCUUUGCCAGCGGCUUGUUGCUGUUGGCCAGCAGUGUUUGUGGCUUGGAGCGUUUGGUCUAUUGGCUGGUGAUAAGCAAACGCACGCGUCUGCGGCUGCUGCGCUGCCUGCAUCGGCGCUUGGCGCGUUGA